GUGUGAACGAUUCUAGUUGCCGCUGGAAAAAAUUCAUAAUUAUCGCAUAAAACGCACCUGCCGGCCGCCCAAAUCGAUCGAAAAGCCCACGUCCCCCAUUGCGGCGCGAUUUGCGAGUGAAAUUGUGGCAGUGUGUGCGCGGUAAAUCGCCGAAAAGCGCAACGCAAAAAUUACAAAUCGGGAAUCCGGAUUUGAGGUGUGUGUGUGCGCGCUGCGUCGCUUUUUUUGUGUGCCCUUCGCCGUUUUCGCUGCAGUCGCCAACUCAGUGCAAAGCAGACAUUGUGCAAAAUUACAUAAAUUUCAGACACUCUGAAUAAACAGGCGAAAAGCGAAAAAAGGAAAAUUCUACCACUCAGGGAGAGAGCGACAGAGAGAGCAUCACUCAGAGCAAGCGAGAGGUCGAUAACGAUUGCCUUGUUUGUUAUCGCCCUCGAUAGCAACAAAAAAAAGCGGCGUCCUUUCAGUAUGACCCUGCUGCGGACCAACGGAUUUCUCACCUGCAGUGUGACCGUAUGAGAGAGGGCCUGGAGAGAGCGCAACAACAGUUUUUGUGUGAAAACCCAGAAAGCAGCGCAAUCUCUGGAUUUCCGUGACUUAGACAAAAGGGUGAGAUAUCGCUGAGAAACUGAGAAACCGAGAAACAAAAACUGAGAAACCGAGAAUCAAAAACUGAGAAACCGAAAAAGUGCAUGUGAUGCCAAAUAUCCACACAACCCAAUAAAGUAAUCAGCGAACGCGGAGUACUAUGUGAAUGCAGCAAUCAGCAGUUAGCCAGCAGCAGCUCUCUCUCUCUCUCAGUUAACCAAAUUAACCAAUUGAUGUGCCAUUCAGGAGCAGCAGCGCAGAAACAGGAUCAGAGCAACGUAGAAGCUAAGCGAGAGUAUUAUCAAGAGUCAGGCGCAUCGCAAAUGCAACAAUCCCUCCAGUAAACAAUACAAAAUCCAACACACAAGAAGCGAAGAAACAGUGUACAUACAACUGUAACGAAUUUAAAAUCCAAGCAAGCGGUUAGCGGUUCUACGGAGUAAGAAAUUUCUCAUCCCCAGAGUCCUCGUCCGAUAAAUGCCAAGAUAAGUCGCUACCGCUUUAACACCGCCAUCAACAUUACCCAGCAACAGAAGCUGAUCCAGCAACUCCAGCAGCAGCAGCAGCAGCAGCAGCAGCAGGCGAUUGCUUUUAAGGGGAAGAAAAAGAAGCAGAAAUUGCAGUUGCAGCAGCCGUUGCAGUUGCAGAUUGGUCAGGAAACGAACGGAGGAGUAGGAGGAGCCGUUAAAACCGGAGCAGCAGAGCUGUUGGGCUUAACCAGAGGUGCCGAUAACAAUUGCAAGACGCCAAACUCAACCGCAAAAGUCGCCAACAUAACACAUAAAAUUUUCGGUUGGCUACGCAAAUCACGCAACAAACGGCCUGUCGAGAUCCUCAACAGCGAUUUCGGCGAAGACGGCGACGAGGGCGUUGGCGAGGGCAAAGGCCAAGGCGCAGGCGAGGGAGGAGGAGCAGCUGCCAGUGCAGCUGGCGGUGCAGCCGAUCAAUUUUCAGUGGCAAGCGUUAAAAACAAAGCCGGCAAGCUGAAUACCACACAGACAGCCACGGAGACCGCCAUCGAUUCAAACGAACCCAAAUCUGAAAAGAUGUCAUCGGGCACGUUUGUGGAUCGAAUCGACCCGUUCGCCAAACGUUCGCUCAAGAAGAAGGGUAAAAAGAGUCAAGGUUCCUCGCGCUACAGAAAUUCUCAGGAUGUUGAGCUGCAGCAAUUGCCGCCGUUAAAAGCCGAUUGCUCCAGUCUAGAACAGGAGGAGCUGUUUAUACGGAAGCUGCGCCAGUGUUGCGUGUCCUUUGACUUUAUGGAUCCCGUCACGGAUUUGAAGGGCAAGGAAAUCAAGCGGGCCGCACUCAAUGACCUUUCCACCUAUAUAACACAUGGGCGCGGUGUGCUUACGGAACCGGUUUACCCGGAAAUAAUACGCAUGAUUUCAUGCAACCUAUUUCGCACGUUGCCGCCCAGUGAGAAUCCCGAUUUCGAUCCCGAGGAGGACGAUCCAACAUUGGAGGCUUCCUGGCCACACCUGCAGCUGGUGUACGAGGUCUUCUUGCGGUUCCUGGAGUCGCAGGACUUCCAAGCGACCAUCGGCAAACGUGUGAUCGAUCAAAAAUUCGUCUUGCAGCUGUUGGAACUGUUCGAUUCGGAGGAUCCACGGGAGCGUGACUUUCUGAAGACGGUAUUGCAUCGCAUCUACGGAAAAUUCUUGGGACUGCGAGCUUUUAUUCGAAAACAGAUCAACAACAUAUUCUUGCGAUUUAUCUACGAGACGGAGCACUUUAAUGGAGUCGGUGAGCUUUUGGAAAUACUGGGCAGUAUCAUCAAUGGAUUCGCCUUGCCUCUGAAGGCCGAACACAAGCAGUUUCUGGUUAAGGUCCUAUUGCCGCUGCACAAAGUCAAAUGCCUGUCGCUCUACCACGCUCAGCUGGCGUAUUGCAUUGUACAAUUCCUAGAGAAGGAUCCAUUCCUUACCGAACCGGUGGUGCGCGGCCUGUUGAAGUUCUGGCCCAAGACGUGUUCCCAGAAGGAGGUCAUGUUCCUGGGCGAGAUUGAGGAGAUCCUCGACGUGAUCGAUCCGCCGCAGUUUGUCAAGAUCCAGGAGCCGUUGUUCCGCCAGAUUGCCAAAUGCGUGUCGAGUCCACAUUUUCAGGUUGCUGAGCGAGCUCUUUAUCUGUGGAACAAUGAGUACGCCAUGUCGCUGAUCGAGGAAAACAAUGCGGUCAUUAUGCCCAUCAUGUUCCCGGCCCUUUACCGCAUCAGCAAGGAGCACUGGAAUCAAACCAUCGUGGCGCUCGUCUACAAUGUAUUGAAGACGUUCAUGGAGAUGAAUUCGAAGCUGUUCGACGAGCUGACCUCCAGUUACAAGGCGGAGCGGCAAAAGGAGAAGAAACGUGAGCGUGACCGCGAGGAGCUGUGGAAAAAACUGCACGAACUCGAAUCCAAUCGUUCUAGUGGGCGCACCGCCGGCGGCAGCGCUACGACAUCGAACAGCGCAGCUCCCGCGGCGUCAACGUCCCUGCAGCCACCCAGCACCGCUGGCCUGAACUCUCAUCAGCAGCAGUCGAAUAGCAGCAGCAGCGGUAGCCUGUCCAGCGGCGGUGCCGGCGUCGACAAUAAUCCUGCGACCACAAAUGCGAAAAUCAAACAGGAUAAGGCGGACAACUAAGCAAGCAACGCGAGGCGCGCCCGAAACUAACAAUAAAACCAACAUCAGUAAAAGCGUAAGCGUAACGCGUUAUCCGAUAUCCGUUAUCCGUAAACGGCAGAGACAACAACCACAUCUAAAGGAGAAAUAAAUAGUUAUACUAAACCACACAUAUGCUAAACUUUAAAAUCAGAAAAUAUAAAACUAAAAUGUAUACUCGAUUGACAAGACACCAACCAAGCUGACCCGCAGGACGCUUGGCCGGCUGUUGAAGGAGGUAGAACCGAAAUCUGGAGCGGGAGCUGAAUCAGAUCCCUUGGCGUGUGUAUGUGUGUGUGUGUGUGUGUGUGUGUGUGUGCGGUACGGUAAUUAAGGAGCUUGAGUGCGGCAUAAAAGAAAUCUUUAUAAAUAAUGUAUCUUACAACAACAGCUACACACACACACACAAACACGCACACACACGUGCGCGACACGUAUAAAUAUAUAUUACAAAAGAAGAAAAAUAAUUAUUAAUUACGUUUAAGCGAAAACAAGUUGAAUAAAGAGAAAACAUGUUAGUAAGUGAAAAGCAGAAGAGCGAUAACUAUAACGGAUUGACGAUUGUUGAAGCGCAUUGAAUAUUAUUAACUAAACAUAUUGCUAACUAGAUCCUAGCAUAGAUCAGCCAUCCUAUACCCAUCCACGAACACAACAACAACAACAACAUCCUACUCACCAGAAUGUUCACUUGCAAUUAUAUUUGCGUUCAUUUGAUAUUUGAGGUGUAAAAUAGUUGAAACUGCUCUCCAUCCUAAGAUUUUGAUUUAACUAAUUGCUCCAUAGAACGGCGUGUCUUAGUCCAGAUAUCCCACUGAAUUGUAUAUAAGAUAUCCGAGAACUGUGCUCCCCCUUACCCCCAGAAUGAAACUUUGUUACUUAGCUUUAAGUGUUGCACACUCCGUCAAGACUUCUCGAAAACAGAAAUUCCAACAAUUCCCGCUAAACGCCUGCGCAUCUGCAUUCGAGCAUAUAGACAAGAAAUACAAAAGCAAAGCCAAGUUUUAGUACAUUGUUGAAGUUGCUGCUGCUAAACGGGCCAGGAUAGACAGGGAGCCGGCGAAUCUAUAAAUAAUUAAGGAUACAAUUAAAUACCAUACCAUAACGUACGACAAACGCUGAUCUAUAUAAAUGUAUUUAAGUGUGCGGAAAAUACAAAAGUAUAUCUCCAAGCUGAGGAGUAGGCGCAUGCGCGGUUAUCAAAAUGUACUCGGCAGAAAAUGAAUACAAAAUAUUGAGCAUUGUAAAAAAGGUUAAGCUAGAGAAACCAACAACCAAGCAAACGAUAGUAUAUAGAACACCGUUUUGGAAAAUUCGACUUGGCAUAGUCUCUCUCCGCACGAUAAUUGGCAUCUAGCGAAACAUUUCCACAGUCCACUCCAGGCUCGAUGCAUCUAAACACACUAUGAAUCCUUUGCAUAUAUGUAUGUAUAUCUCUGCGGAAAGCGGUCCGGUGUCUCUAGCCCCAAAAAGUUUGCAAAUUCCUUUCCGACUCUUCUCGAUUUAAUGAACUUAAUUUCAAUCCUCACGGAAAUGCGCACAAGUGUCAUUCAAUUUGCCAAACAAUACUUUCAAUUGUAAAUAAUGUAGCUAAGAGUAAAUGGGUAAUACUUUUGACCGCUUUCCCAGCAUCUCACUCACACUCACACUUAGCCGCACUCAUAGUAAGAAAAUAUAUAAAAUUUAUAUAUGAAAUAUACUAUGCAUAUGUAUGUUUGUUCACUCAACUCUCACGCCCAUUACAAAGUAUAGAAGCAUGCAUUAUAGGAGCAAAAACUAGGAGCAGAGGCGGCGAUAGGGAAGCAAACGAGGACGAGAUGAAAAUAUCCACUAAUGAAUGUCUCUCAUUGAGUGAAAUCGCUAAAGUUCAUAUAAUAUUAGAGAUAAUUGUGUCUGUGAAUCGUGAGUUAUUAUACACAUAUAUGUAUACAUAUAUUGCAAAACAAAACGGAAAAAGGGGAAAAAAAAAAAACCAUACAAAAA